AUGGCCAAAAUCCACGUCUUAUACAAAAACAACAAUUACGAAGUCGAGUGCGACUUGGAUAAGCAAGUCCGUGCUUUCAGACUUGAAGUCCAAAAGGCGACCGGCUUGUUGGCUUGCCAACAAGGUCUUUCCUAUGGGAAAGACGAGAACAAAGUCCACCUUGAAGUCGACAAAACCCUUAGAGAGUCUGGUGUCACUGAAGAGACCGUCAUCGACUUAAAAGACUUUGGCAAGCAACUUCCAUUCAGAUUUGUAUACAUCUGCGAAUACGUUGGUCCUUUGGCCAUUUAUGUCCUUUGUUACUUCAUCUCUAUUGCUUUGGGCUUCCCCAACCUCGUCCAAAAUAAAAUUGCCUUCUACAUGUGGACCAUUCACUACGUCAAGAGAAUCUUAGAGACCAUUUUCGUCCAUGAAUUUGGAGAUAUGACAAUGCCGUUCUUCAACUUGAUUAAGAACUGCACUUAUUACUACGGAUUUGCUCUUGUUGUUGGUAUCAAUGUUAACUUCUUCCCUAAGGAGCAGUACUGCAUCCCAAUGUACCUUGGUCUCCUUGGAAUGAUUGCCUCUAUGGUUUCUAAUGGGUAUUGCCACAUCAUCUUGAAGAACCUCAGAACACCAGGCUCACAGGAAUGGAAAAUGCCAAAGGGAUUCUUGUUCGACUAUAUCACAUGUGCCAACUACUUCUGUGAGAUCAUGACUUGGAUCUUCUUUGAUUUGAUGACUGGUAUUCCUUUGAUGGGUGUUGCUUUCUCAUUCUGUGGUAUCUAUCAAAUGAAAGAGUGGUCUCUCCAGAGACAUCAAAAGUAUCAGAAGUUGUUCAAGGAUUAUCCAAACAGAUGGAUUUUGAUCCCAUAUCUCUACUAA